AUGCUGACUAUUGUUGUCAGUCCUGCCCUGUCCACCGAACCCGACCGUGACGCCCUGAUCGAAGAACUCGUCCGCCAGUAUCGAAAACAACUUGACAAGCAACUUCCUGACGCCGACCAGACGCUCGACCAGAGCGAAGACAUCGCCGGACAAGUCGGGCGCAAUGUCAGCGAAGCCGUCCAAAAGCGGCUGACCGAAAAACAAACGAAAACGCCGCCCGCGAAACGGCAGGCGUGCGCUUGCGGUGGCGCGGCCCGCUAUAAAGGAAAGCAGCCGCGCCAAAUGGUGACCCUGCACGGCGUGGUGGUUGUGCGGGCCAAAGCCGCCUACCUGAGCGCCCUGCUUCCCUUUGCUCAGGCUGCAAACGCGCUGGAGCGUCUGGCGAACGUCACGGUAAGCGCCGACACCGUAGAGCGCAUGGCCCUUGCGGUCGGUUCCGCGCUGGGGGAGCAACAGCAAAAGGACGUUGUGGCCCAUCACCAUGACCGUCUGCCCGAACCAGAAGGAAAAGCCCGGCGGCGCCUGUACAUCGGCAUGGACGGCGUCGGCGUGGUCUACGAACCAGCCCAGGAUAAGAACGGCAAAGACACGCAAGUCCUCGCCCGCGCUUACGUGGCGACCUUGCAAAACGCCCAAGCGUUCGGCCCGCUGCUCGGCACAGCGGCCCACCAACAGGGCCAGCCUCGCUGUCGGGAUGUGGUGGCAAUCGGUGACGGCGCGGCAUGGAUAUGGCAGAUUGCUGCCAAGCAGUUCACAGGAGCCACGCAGAUUGUGGACUUUUUCCACGCUUGCCAGCAUCUGACGAAUGUGGCGGACGCGCGUUUUGGUGUGGGCAGCGCGGAGAGCCAGAGUUGGCAGAAGGCGCGUCGGGCCGAUUUGCUGUGCGACAAGGUAGAAAACGUUCUCCUUGAGAUCAAGGCAUGGCAGCCGCGCAGCGAAGGGAAGCGCAAGUUGCGGCAGACGGAGUACACUUAUUUUUAUAGCAAUGCGGCGCGGAUGCGUUAG